AUGGCACCCUCUAAGCAGUCAAAGGGCAAGCUUCCCGAAGUCCCAAAGAUGAAGCAGGAUGCCAAAAUCCAGAAGAACAAAUCAGCGAGGAAGAAUACCUCUGUCAAGGAACACAAGAGCCCCAAGAAAGGUGUCAAGGUGGCCACUCGCCCAAAGAAUCGGGCCCUGAUUCAGUGGAGAAAAGAAGAGCCCUUGCUCGUAACUUUACUUUGGGUGCAGUACAUCUGUGCCAAAGAUCAUGGCAAGAUGCCCUGGGACGACAUCAUCCCCCAGUGCUUCACCGGAGUCACGUCGACGGCCUUCACUCAGUUCCUAGCGCGAGAGCGAAAGAGACUACUCAGGAUGGGAUAUUGUGUCCCCCCUCUUCCCAGCCAGGCCAAGAGUUUGGAGAAGGAUGCAAAUCUUCGCGGCUAUAUCAACGAGCCGACCCCCGAGAACGAAGACGCCAUCAGAACUAUCAGCUUUCACGAGCCGUUCCUCCAGCCCUGCCAGCAAGAGUAUCAAGAGGAUGAAGGUGACCUGGGCAGAGAUGAGGCCCCCGAAAAGGAGGGAGAGUCCUUCACAAACCCUUUCCGCCAGGAUUCUUAUCAGAUCCUUCCUCAAUCCGGCCAUUCUCUCCACGGUAGUGAAGCUCAGCAUGAGAACUCUCAUCUCGACCAGCAAGGCCUAGAACUGCUGCUUCAACAAGACCGGCAAUUUAUCCAAGCUCAAGAUGAUGUCCAGAUGGAGGUUCAGACCAAUGCUCAGGCCGAUGCCGAGGUCCAGCAGCAGCUCUUGGACCAGGCGCAAUAUCCGGGUCAGAAUAUCCAGAUGGGGCAAGCCGGUCGGGACUGGCCGACCCAGGUUCAUCAGCUUAACGGAGACACCGAUAUGCAGCGAUAUAUGCAAGCAAUCGAAGCCUGGAAGAAUGAUGCACCUCCAAAUGAGAUACGAAUUCACGUCGAGGGUCUCGCUCCCAUGGCGUACUACCUCCUUCAGGUGCCUGAGAGCGUAAGCCAUCGCUUCAAUCCGGCGUCCAGCACUGAUACCAUGCAGCCGAUGCGGAACGAGAAUGGCUAUACGACAUUCAGCAUCCAGAUUCCGGUCAACUUGGACGUCUAUCUGAAUGGCGUCAAUAGCCAGGAAGCUGAUCCUUCAUUCGCACACAUUGGCGAACCCGCCCCGGCGAAUUUACCUCUGGGCAAUUCGUCGCUCAAUGAACCGGCUAGGGAGUCUUGGAACGGUGGUCUUUGGGAGGGCGCCAAUGGUGACUUUCAUGGUGUCUGUUAUCAGCAUGAUAAUAUCACUCGCUACGCCGAAGUCAUUGACUCGAACCGCAUGGGAUGGGAGGAGCGAGUCGAGUUGAAUGACAUCAAUUCGACGGCCAUGGGCCCCAACAUGCACCAGUAG